CCGGAAGUUUGGAAUCGAUGGACAUUCUCUCUGCAAAAGAUGUUUGUUUACCACCUCAGUUCAUUUCAAGAAAACCAACACUGUGGGAAUAUAUAUGUUGCAUUGUAUUCCAUAUUAACUAAUAACUAUACGUGUUUUUUAUAAGUCUGGUCACGAAAGUAUAUUGAUGUUAGCGAAAACCCAAUAUACGCCCUGUACAAAGUGGCAUCAUACAGUAACUUCAGCAGCCCCCUUCAAAAGGAUGUGACGGACAGUUACAAAGAAGGACGCCAUUUAUUUCCAACUGUUGUAUUUGAAAUGAGACUUGGAAUCACAGUUCCAUUAAUCUUGCAGUGCAUCGUAUUUUUAGGUGCCUGUAUGCUGGUAUAUACUGUGACACUUCCAGGGCUUCACAUGGAGAUGGAAAGUGUUUGUAUAGAUGGAGCAGCCAUAUUAGUAUCGCUACAUGCUCUCACUCCUACACCAGUGUCAUGUACUGUCUGGUACAAGGAUCUGGACCAAAGUCAAUCAAUGGCUGAUAAAACUGAACUCAUAAUGGUCACAGAGAAUAAUGUCACACUAAGCAAUCUUAGGAAGACCACAAACUAUCUCGUUCAUGUGAUUUGUGAUGAUAAUGAAUCACUUCUGAAGACUGUAUCAACAGGUAAAUGUCAGCCAGAUCUGGGACCAGAAACAAAAAGAGAAGAUGAGCCUAAUGUUACUUACAAGGAGCAGGCCAUAUUUUCAUCCUCAGCUGUGGACAUUGUGCUAGGUCUUAUGUUUAGUGUGGCAGCCAUUAUAACAAUUAGCAUGACAGCCUAUUAUAUGUAUCGCAAAUAUCAACGCAGAAGACGGCUUCAACAGUUUCUUAGUACUCCUCACACAGACCCAUUUGAAAGUCUUCAGAGUUACAUGGAGGAGGAUUCCUGAUCAAGGGAGAAAACUCCUGCUCAACUUACAUCACACAAAGCUCGCCACUAUCUUGGAAAAGCAACAGCAAGGUCUUGAAAAUUCACAGAAUCCAAAGUCCAUUGAGGAUGUAUAUCAAUGAUGUCAGAACACAAGAUCUAUGUCAAAAGACUUUCUGUAAAUGCUGAAGUAAUAUCUAUUCAUUGAAAUUCCAAGUUUUAGUUAAAUUAUCAUAAAACACAAGGGUACCGAUGUCACUCAUAUUUCCAGUGUGAUCUCACAAUGUGAGACUACCUUUAGUAAUUUGUUCAACCAACUUAAUUUAAAUAUAGCUUGAGUAGCAAAGUUCAUCACCUUGGUCUCUGAGGUGUUAAUAAGUGUAACAUAAUACCUUUUUUAUGAAGAAAGAGUUGUUUGGUAUCCCAUACAUUUUGUUAACCAGAAAUAUUCAUUGUGUAGUCAUCUUUAUCUUUCGUUAUUGUCCUGAUUACAAUUUUUUUUGUGCUUGCUAAUUUGACCAACUUUGUUAACUCUAGGGAAAUAACAUGUUACAAGCCUAUCAUGUCUGUGAUGCCCAUACAUAUAUGGAUAUCACUUCAGCAUUGUUGAAUUAUUUUACUAAACUUACUUACCAAACAAUUAUAGCAAUUUUUAAGUCUGAACAUGAGAUAUCCACACAGGCUGUAUUGACUACAAUGGAUAUACAUGUAUUCUAUAUGACACAGCCUUGAUUCCUUGCUAUUGAUACAGUGUAUCUAGAAGAGAUCUGUAAUUGUUUUAUUUGGUCAAAAAUUGAGAAUUUCUCUGCUGUACAUAGUUAUGCUAUCAUUGACUGACAGAUUUAGCAAUAUAUGAAUCCACAGGAGUAUAGUUCUUCUGUGUGACAGUAAAUGGGAAGUGUCCCUUGGAUGACUGAUAUAUAUAUAGUGCGGGCUUUGUGUGAUGCUGUCUCCACUGCCUUCAUACUGACUAUGCCAAAUAGAUAUAUAGACUGUCUUAUCUUACAACCACUGUAUGCGCAGGUGUAUGAUUGGCACUCUGUAGAAAUUUUAUUGACGUCCAACAUUGUAGAGAAUUGCUACAAGCAGCUUUGUGAUUUGUAUAAUACUUAUCUGCCAUUAGAGAGGUUAAUAGUCCAACAACGAAAUGCUCAUUAUAUGUUAGAGAGUGGCUCCUUACAUGUAGUAAGAUAUUUUAGAAUUGUUAUGAUUUCUGUACAUUGUGGAGAAUUGUCGCUAAAGUCUCUGUAAUUUGUACAAUGCCAAUCUGCUAUAAAUCAUUUUAUUCCAAUCAAUUUUUUGAUUGGUUGCUGUCAACCUCAGCUUGACGGUUAAGUUGUUACAAUCUGAGUGAACAUUUUAGAUCUAAUCAUGUACUAAAUCUGUCAAUAUAUAGUUAUGUCCUGUGUUUAUGGUACCUUCUAGUCUCUGGUUAUCCCAGACGUGUUUUUGGCUGUAAUAUUUUAGGUCAUCUUUUCGUGGAAGGUAGUGUAAUUUGUUGUUAUAGUAUUGGUAUUGCUGUGCUUCUACAGAGGUGGGGAGCAAAACGAUUAUAAUGUACAGUGAAAGGAUGUUGUUACUGGCUAUAUUAUUAACAUUGACUAGUGAGGGAUAUUAGCCUGGAGGGUUUCCAUUAUAACCCGUAAGCCUAAUCUGCCCACUAAAGCACAUCAAACAAGAAUGUAUUGAUAUAUUUACAGUACUGUAUAGUACAGACUUAAUUUUCUUGGACUGAGUGAAACACUGGUCUGUGACUUCAAGUUAAUUUGAAAAGAAGGUGUAUUUGUUUAACCAAGUGGUUUUUGAGACUCGCAUCCUGGACUCGUCCUUUUCCUGCGGGACUCACUCAAAUUAUGAGAACCCGCUAUAUCUCCUUGUAACUGAACACAUUAAAAUUUUGGUAAUGGUGCUCUGGACUCACAAAAAAAAUCCUACAAAAAUUGCUGUUAACCACGAAUGAGACAUUUUUUGUUAAAAAUAAUGCUGUUCUAGGUAUGUACAGUUUACAAUUUCUUUCAGUUUAUCAAGUUUCUUUGUACAGUUUGUAGUACCAGUCACCUACCUACAAAGUAGAAAUAAUUUGAUAACUUGCCACGUGAAAUGUUUCACAUUGUGUUUUGUGUAAAACCUAACUUAGUGGGAUAAAUUCUCUAUGUGGUCAUAUAAAUAAUUGUUUUACUGCGGGAAUAAGGCAUUAGGUAAAACCUUGGGAUGCUCUCAGAAUUAUUUUCCUUAUCUAUACUUAAAAGCUGCCUUUCCAUGGUGGAUCAGUAUUUCAUUGAAUCAGAUUUCAGUUAUUUCCUAUUGAGAUAGUGUACUGUUAACAUACUUAAUUUGGUGAAAUCAAAUGCAGUAACUUUUUGGCCAAUUAGUACAAUGGUGAAUUUUAUAUCAUCAAUAGUAAUUGCUAAAACAUAUAGAAAUGGCAAGUAGUGCUUUUAUAUUUUAGCAAUGCUUUCAGCACAGAAAAUGCUAGGUUUGUUAUCUUUAAUGACUGAAAGAUCUGAUAUGUACACCUGAAAUACUAUAACCUUGCUGGAACAUGGCAUAUUUGGCAAAUCUUUAAAAGAAAAAAAUUAAGGGAGAUUUUAAACCAAUAGUGCUACUAAUACUGUUGACAGUAUUAGAAGCUACAUAUCAGUGCAAUGUAGAAGUUUUUUUAUGUAAGUGUAGAAAAGUUUGUGAUAUUUCAAUGUAACAUUUAAUGUAUAUAUUUGAUUUGUGUAGUACUGGUUUUACCUUGUCACUUUUCCUUUGAUAGAUGAAAAGUUCUGUUUGAUUGGUUGAAUUCUUCCUACUACAGAAGAUCGACAUAGUUUGUUUUAACAGGGUAACAAUAUUAAUGUAUGAUAGAGUACAUAACCAGAAUGAACAUUUGUUGAAAUGCAAGGAGUACCAUGUACAUAUAUUUAAAUGUUUUAUAGAAAAUGUUUCUAUGCCUUACUUUACAUAGAAAAACUUUCAUAACAGUUUUUACUUUCACCUUUUUGUGAAUAAAGUGAAAAUAUAAUUGUGGCUGUAGUUUUGGGAUAGAGCUGAGAUAUAUAAUGCUUUUAGAGCAAAUGUAACACAUGGCAAAGACAAAUGUUUUUGGAGGAGGGCAAAAAUAAAAAAUGUUGUGUGGAAGAGACAAGCAGUUUAAUAUUUGAUGUGUUUAGGGAAGUAGAAUUUUAUCCUAAGAUGUAUUUUAUUGUUCUGAUAACUUCUAAUAACCGGAGAUUGUACACAUAAAUUGUUUAUUGAUUAUAUAACUGGAGAUGUAGUUCAUUACUAUUUAAUGAUGUUGUUCUAACGUCAAGUCUUUUUAUCAUUUGUUAGUGUGUCAUAUGUUUUUAUCUUAUAAUCAUUAUUUAUUUUCUAGUUAGUAUUACUAUCACGACUAUGUACUGCCAAAUGUUCUUAUAACAUUCCUGCCUGAUAGACUGACAGAGAUUGAUCAAUGUGUCAUAGAAAUUAAAUGAGAUUUUAUCACAGAAGUUUUAAGCUACCUAUGGGUCAGUUUUCUUUUACAAGAAUAUUUUUUAUUAUUAUCUUCUUAAAUUGAAAGAAAAUUCUGUAGUUGUACUUCAUAUAAUAGAUCAGAGAAGCCAUGUGAUACCACUGCUAUCAUCCAUGCACAUUUUAUUUUGAUCUGCUUGUAGUUUUAGCAACAACAUAUUGUCAUAAACAAAUUUUUUCCUUUGAAAUAUCAAUUUUACUUGUUCUUCAACCAUUCUAAAUAUGUAGUACCACUGAAAUGACGAGUAUGCCACCUUUAUAAUACAACAUUUAUCCUGUGGCAAUGAUUACAAUCAGUAGAUAAAGGUCCGUCUGUCUGUCUGAAAACAAUUUUUAUCGCUAUUUCUUGAGAAGUACUGGAUGGAUCUUUCUGAAAUUGCUUAUAGAGGUUCCUUUUGGUCCCUAGUUGUGUCCAUCUAAUUUUGGGACUGAUCAGAAAAACAAAAUGGCCGACAGACGAACAUCUUAGAUGUUGACUUUGAAAGUUUUUUAUCGCAAUUCUUGAGAACUACAGCAUAGAUCUUUUCCAGAUUUCUUGUGUAUGCUUGACUUAAUCCCUGGUUUGCCUGUUUGAUUUUGGUACUGAUCAGAAAAUAUCCAAAUGGCCCAGAAGCGACCAUCUUGGGUUCUGACUUCGAAAGUUUGUUAUCACUAUUUCUUGAGAACUACUGUGUAGAUCUUUUUCAAAUUUCAUGUAUAGGGUUCUUAAGGUCCCAAGUCGUGCCUAUUUGAGUUUGUGACUGACCAGGGGGGAAAAAAGGCUGACAGGAAGCGAUCUUGGAUUUUGCCUAGUAAAGAUUAUUAUUGCUAUCUCGUAAGAAGUACUGAAUGGAUAUUUCUCAAAUUUCAUACAUAUGUUCCCUUUGGUCUCUCCUUGUGCUCGUUUGUUUUUGAACUGAUCAGAAGAAACAACAUGACUUCUAAUUAAUCUGUGUUUAAAGAAGUCUUCACUGGUCUGUCAGUAUUCUAGUUACACCAUACACAGACCCUGACUAUUGUAGGCAUUAAAUCAACUGACAUCAAAAAACUUACUGUGUAACUGAAUUGCAUUUGGAACUUGUAGGAGAUGUGUAAUGUUUUGUGUGAAAUUUUAGUUUUAAGGAUCAUAUGAUCAGUAGAAAUGGUGUCAUAUCUUUUAAAGAGUUUUAUACCAUUUUCCAAAGUUUUGAAGAUUAUCUUCUUUAUUGACUAAUGCUUAUGUGCCAUUUUCUUUCAGAUGACAGUCAGUAUAAAUUAUUGAAUUAAAAAGGGCCAUUAUUUUAUCGAUAUUGAUAUUUGUAUGUACAGCGAAAUUGAAAAUAUCAGUUUAAAACAUACAUGUUUGUUGAAGAUUUAGCAUAUUACUUUGUCAGAUAAGUCACAAAAAAACUGACUGUGUCAAUGUACAUUUAUGUUUGUCUUCUGGUGACCUGUGGCCUUCUUACUGAUAAAUAAUUAUGUGUUUACAAUUCUAGUAUGUUGAAAUAGAUGUUUUGCAACCGUGAAAAUAUACACAAUAUAUGAAAUGUCAAUCAAACUGCAAUGUAAGUGAAAUUUGACUGAUUAUGUUAUUGUAAUUCUUUGAAUUUCUUUUUUCGUUUUCUCUAUUGUUAUCCCGGCUGGGUAUAUUUUUUUGUGAAUCUGAUAACUGAUAGAAAAAUAAUGGCGCAGUAGUCGGGGAGAAACCUACACACCAUUAAAAUUAUAGGGAAAAAAAUUCAGAA